GCACAAUGAGAUUUCAGCAGCAUCUCGCGUGAUUUCCUUCUUUUUCCCAGGCCCUCUGUGUAGAAGAGGUAGGCCAUGUUCAGCACCAGCGCAAAAAUCGUGAAGCCCAACGGCGAAAAGCCAGAUGAAUUCGAAUCUGGCAUCUCCCAGGCUCUUCUGGAGUUGGAGAUGAACUCUGACUUGAAGGCUCAGCUAAGGGAACUCAAUAUCACUGCUGCUAAGGAGAUUGAGGUUGGUGGCGGACGGAAGGCCAUCAUCAUCUUCGUACCUGUGCCCCAGCUGAAGUCCUUCCAGAAGGUCCAGGUGCGCCUCGUGCGAGAGCUGGAGAAGAAAUUCAGCGGCAAGCACGUUGUGUUCAUCGCGCAGAGGAGAAUUCUGCCAAAACCGACUAGGAAGAGCCGCACGAAAAACAAGCAGAAACGGCCAAGGAGCCGCACUCUCACCGCUGUGCAUGACGCCAUCCUCGAAGACCUGGUCUUCCCCAGCGAAAUCGUCGGCAAGCGAAUCCGCGUUAAGAUGGACAGCAGCCGACUUAUCAAGGUGCACCUUGACAAGGCGCAGCAAAACAACGUCGAGCACAAGGUCGAGACUUUCUCUGGUGUCUACAAGAAGCUCACCGGCAAAGAUGUUGUGUUUGAAUUCCCAGAAUUCCAGCUGUAAAGGACAGAUGACAAAAUA